AUUGGACAUUCAACUGUUUGUCCCCAUGCAAACAACUGUUUUUGUCAACGUUAUCUUUUUUUGUCUGAAAUCUUUCGAAAUGAUUUUUUUUCCAAUAAUGUAGAUGAUGGUCUGAAAUGUUUUCUCAACUGGAGAUUGGCAGCAGGGCCUUCAGAUAGAGCUUUAUUAAAUUAUUGUGCCUAAGUGGGAGAAUAGUGUCAGUGCUGAAUGAAUUAGUUUUUAUAUUAUAAUUGUACCAUAAUGAAUACACCUGCUAAUUAAAGUUUUUAAAUGAAGCUUUAAAUGUUACAGUCCUACUGUCGUUUGUGAAGUCGACACACCAGUAGAGGGCAGUACUGAGGUUGACACACAUGCAAAGGUAUGUUAACACAAGCCAGCUGAUCCGUCGUAGGGCUAUUGCACCCUGGGUGGAGCAAGUUCAUGUGCAUAAUGUGAACAAUGUAACUAUCUAAAAGUCACUCUAGGAUGUGCUCUUAGGACCGCGAGGUUGGCUUUCAGAUACCUGGUGCUUUGUACCAUCUACAUGGAAAAGCCGCCAGAUGUGAAUGGUGAAGUUAGUAGACUAUUUGCCCAAAAUCAUAACGUUGCUGCUGAUAGGCUCACGUCGAUACAAGAGGGAAAUGCAGCCUCAUUCAUUUGGAGCGCACAUCGUGUGGAUGUCUUCAGCAUGGUGUGUUCUGGUCCACGGUGACUCUAUGCCUAACUUGGGAAGGCAAACUUUGGAUCUUAUGGAUGAAUAUCCAUUAAUAGACGGACACAAUGAUCUUGCUCUACAACUAAGGAUAAGGCAUCAAAACCAACUCAGCCAGGUUGAUCCUUAUAACAUUCCCAAAGUUUCCACAGAUAUAACCCGUCUACACACAGGGCGGGUUGGAGCACAGGUUUUUGCGUCCUAUGUGCUUUGCACUGCCCAAGACAAAGAUGCUGUGCGACUGGCCCUUGAACAAAUUGAUGUGAUUAUUCGACUAUGUAGUGAAUGGCCAGAUUUUAAACUGGUGACUUCAUCCCAAGAGUUGAAGAAUACCAGUAAGAUCUCUUGCUUACUGAGCCUGGAGGGUGGCCAUAUUAUAGACAGCUCCCUGCCUACCCUGCGCAUGUUCUACAGACUAGGCGUACGCUCCAUGUCACUGACCCAUACCUGCAAUACACCCUGGGCUGAAUCUUCUUCAAACCUUUACCCAAACUAUAAAAGGAAAAAUGGCGGUAUAUCAGAGUUUGGAAAGGCUGUGGUGAUGGAGAUGAAUAGACUGGGCAUGCUGGUGGAUCUGUCCCAUUCCUCCUGGGCUACAGCGUGGGCCGUGCUGAAUGUCUCCCGGGCCCCCGUCAUCUUCAGCCACUCCUCGGCCUACGCCGUGUGCGACAACGAGCGCAACGUUCCUGACGACCUGCUGCAUGCCCUGAAAAGGAAUAGAGGGCUCAUCAUGGUGAACCUGUACAGCAAGUUCAUCAGCAGUGGCCCCAGAGCAAACGUGUCUCUUGUGGCUGACCAUUUUGACCACAUUCGGAGACAGAUCGGGGCGGAAAGCAUCGGGAUCGGAGGGGAUUUUGAUGGUGCCGCAAACUUCCCAGAAGGCUUAGAUGACGUGUCCAAGUAUCCGGCCCUCAUCCAGGAGCUUCUGCGCAGGAAGUGGACGGAGGCCGAGCUGGCGGGAGUGCUCCGGCUCAACUUUGUGCGGGUGUUUGAAGAAGUGGAACGGGUCAGAGACAACCUGAAGAACUUCCUUCCCAGCGAGAUUGAGAUUCCUCUAGACAUGGUUCAGGAAAACCCCUGUCGUCUGACGCUGAGGCCUCCCAAACCACCCGUUAUACUCAGUUCUGUACACAGCAAAUCGCAGAACAAGGCCACCAUGCUGACUACUGGAGGCCACUUGUGGAUACUGCUCCCACUUGCCUAUCUUUGGUAGAGCGACCAGACAUGCCUCAUUAGGAGCCACACUACCAGAAAACAUGUUAAAUGCAGGGUUGCCAGAUGAGGCUGAUGAUUUCCAGCCCAAAAAAUGUUCAAAACCCGCCUAGAAGCACAAAAUCCCGCCCAAUUCUAUUGAUUUCUAUGGCAAAAAGUGGGCGGGUUUUUCUGAUAAAUGUCAUUUUUACCAGCACACGCCAUCCUAAGCAGCCCAAUCUGGCAACACUGGUCAAAUCCAGCACUUUAUAUACAUAUAAAAUGGAAUCAGACUAUCUGGAUCAUGGAAUUGAGAAAAAUAAGUCCAACCAAAGAUGUAACACAAUUUGAUUGCCAAGCAAACAUUGGAUAUAUCACCACUACACAUGGAUCUUACAUUAGUUCUAUUCCUUCAUGAAUCAUUGUUUUUGUUUUCAGUCAUGAAUGUUGUUUUAUUCUGUAUGAAUAUCAUGUACAGUGUUUAAUCUGCCUGAUGACUUCUAAAAAAGCACUAAUUAUUUGAAUGUAAGUUUGUGUAAAUAAUAGGAUAUGUGUUGUACUAUCCAGAAUUGUAAUGUCUCUGGCUCCUUGGAUGUUUUGUUAUUUAUGUAUUAUCUGGUACUUGAAUUUAUCUUCAUUUUUUAUAUACUGUUAUAUCACAAAAUUAAUCAUACUGUAAUAUAAUGCAUAUAUAAUUAUAAUAUAAUAUACUGUAUAUCAUGUGUAAUAAAUAUGAAUCAAACUGUAACAUUUGAAUAUAAAGGUUAAAAAAAGUCAGUUACAUUAUUUGGGAGUCAUUUUAUUUGAGUCCUUCUACACAUUAAGCACAGACUAGUGAAACUGAACCACUAAUAUCACAGUCUCAGUACCAACAAGCUCACAUCACC